GCAACAUGUCUGCCAAGGAGAGCCAGUUCGAAAACAAAAACAAAAAUAGAAAUCUGAAAUCCGAAUGGCGAAAAAGUGUUUCAGAAAACAUUAAAAGUCUUGCAGCUCGAUUUAACGAUAUAAACAGCGAUAAAAAACGGUUGGAGUUGGCUAGAAAAAUAUUAAAGUAAGUUUUCAGUUGAGGCCAUGCUGCCAUGUGAUAGAUGAAAUUAUAUGCAUGACAAUUAGCAGCAGUUGUAUUAUUUCAAUUCUUCAUGUUAAUUUAGCGUGUUAAUUCUCCACUAUAUGUUGUAGUCUUGCAUUACUGUUACUGAAACCCUGACCAAUAAACAGGUGGACAAUGACCCUGAUUCUUAGGGCCUGUUUAUAUGUAAGCCAGGCCCCUCUAGUGGCCCACUUAAUAACAAGAAAGUUUCAUCCCGCUUGCUUGGACAAUUUUGUUAUUUUGACAUUGUUUUGACAGUUGUUAAAAAUAGCUUGCGGCAGCAUCUUUCGACCAAGCCCGCUUGUGAGUGUUUAUAUGGAGAUCAGAAAUUUUUAUCCUGGUAAAUAUUAAGUGAGAUCUUGCCUCCUUUAAGCGAGAUCUCGGCAACCAGACCAGCCCGUCUGUCCAUAUAAUGCACAGUAAUUUUCACUAUAAAUAGAGGAUAUUACACGGCAGCACGAAGAUAUGACUUUUUAUCUUCGAGUGGUGAAAACAAUAUUUUACGAACGAGCGCAGCGAGUGAGUGAAAUAUUGUUUUCAACACGAGAAGAUAAAAGUCAUAUCUUCAAGCCACUGUGUAAUGUUCAGUUUAUUAUAUAGUCCCAAGCAAAGAAUUGUAUAAAUACUAAAAGUCACAUGAUCGAUAUCUUCACUAGUGAAGAUAUGGAAAAUAUCUCACUGUGUAUUUUUCAGUAUCUCACUCUCUACUAUAUAAUAAAAAUAACUACACAGCGAGAUCUCUCUUACCAGGCUGUCCCAGUAAGUGGGCCAGCCUGGCUUCCAUAUAAACAACCCCAUAGAAACAUUUAAUUCAUAUUUUUAGACAAGAUCCUUGGUUCGGUGAUAUUGUCAAGAGGCUAAAGUCAGAAAUAGAAGCAAAGAAUGAAAUUGGGUGUGAAAAAGUGAACGACUUUGACCCAUUUGAGAACAGGUUGCUGUCAAAUUAUUUCUACAUUAAUUUAAAUACACACAAUAGAAUAUUAUGUACUGUAAGUAUAGAAUUAUUAUAAUGUGAACAUUGUGUUAUUAGAACGUUAAGAAAAGAUGGGGUUGCAUUGCCAACACUGGCAAAGAACAAACAUCCAAAAAUAUCAAAUGGGUCAGUACUUAUUGAGCUCAGCUGUAGUAAAACCCAAGGACGAUACUUGGAGGUAAAUAGCGGUCAAUUUUCAUUAGAUUGUUAAAAAAUCAGUGACAGUAAGUAAAAUUGUCUGGCGUUAGACAGAGUAAAAUAAUAAAGUAUAAGGCACAUUGGGGACAGUGUUGUUUUAGUAUGGUGUUUUCAAUUUAGUUUUAGUUCACUUUUAGUUUAAUGCAGUAAUUUAUGUUUAGUUUUAGUUUAGUUUUAGUUUGAAAAAGGAAUUUCGUUUUAGUUUAGUUCUAGUUUGAAACAGAAAUUUUAUUUUAGUUUGAGUUUAGUUUGAGUUCGAGUUCGAAAGAGGAAUUUCAUUCUAGUUCUAAGAAAACGUUUAGUUUUAGUUUUCAGUGGUUCAAAUAUGUAUGAAAAUGUUUGUAUAAAAGCCACUACUAGGCCAGGAAAGACCAAAUAUUAUAUAUUCAACAUCAGCAAUUGUUUAUUUCAAAUUCAAAAUUGCUUUAUUUACCUGUUCAAGUGAUUAAAGUGAAUAAUGCACUGGCAGGACUAUACAAACCAAGACAACUUUAUUUAUAAAUAACCCAAUAUAAACCAGGGUCGAGGUUUCGAAAACAUUGUUUCAGUUUUCCAGGAACAGGAAGUAUAAAAUCAUAGGCGGAAGGCAGAAUCGACAGUUUACGAUCAGUUUGCAACAGUUCACGAUCAUGUACAAAGUCCCCUCGAAGGCCAAAUUUUAUAUUUCAAAAAAAUAGAUCAUAAACAAUUAAACAUACAAUCUGUUGACUAAUUAAAUUCUGUCGUUUAGUUUUAGUCGUUGGUGGUAAUUUUGCUUUUAGUUCAAGUUUAGUUCUAGUAUACUUGCUGCUGAUUUUGCUUUAGUUCUAGUAUAGUUCUUGUUUUUAUCUCUUAAAUCGCUUUAGUUCUGGUUUAGUUUUAGUAUUUAUCUGUGGCAAUUAAUUGAUACACCAGGCAGAAAUCUUAGUUUAAAGAUAAAGAGCAGAGCCCAGCAAAUAACUUUAAAACCAAACAUAAUAAAAGUAAAAAUUUUAAUUAGCUAACGUUUCGUUGUUUACAAUACAACAUCUUCAGAGCAAUCUAAAUGAAUUUACAGGGUAUGGUAUAUUUACAAAGUAAUGGUUUAAUAUUACAAAAACGGUUACAUAGUUUGAAAGAACAAAUGAAUAGAAAGAGAGGAAAACAACUUAGAUUGCUCUGAAGAUGUUGUAUUGUAAACAACGAAACGUUAGCUAAUUAAAAUUUUUACUUUUAUUAUGUUUGGUUUUAAAGUUAUUUGCUGGGCUCUGCUCUUUAUCUUUAAACUAGUAUUUAUCUAUUCUGUUUAAUUUAUUUAGUUCCAGUUAGUUUUAGUUGACUAAAUUAUUUUGGCACGACUAAAAUAUGGUUUUAGUUUUAGUUCUAGUUGACUAAAACAACACUAAUUGGGCCGCAAUGCAAUUUGAUGUUUUGUUUGUAUUGUCAUCAGGCCAAGGAACAGAUCAAAGCAGGUGAUGUUUUGAUCUUGGAAAGACCUUAUGCAGCUGUACUUGUACCUGACAACAAAACUACACAUUGCUCUCAUUGUUUUGAACUGUUGGAAGAGGAUUUUAAGUAUGUAUACCGUGUUUGGUUUGUCUUUUUGUAUGGUGUUUAUCUUUGUUUUGUUUUGUUUGUUGAGUUUCUCGCUCAUUGGUGAGCGGAUUUCCCCAGUGGCGUAGCCAGCUCGAUAAGUGGGGGGGGGACAUAUUCAUAUAUUCGUAUUCACAGACCGUAAAAACAAUCAAUUUCAAAAGAAAUUAAUAAUGGAGAACGCAAAUAUAUGAAUAUGUCCCCCCCCCCCCCCACACACUUCUUUUAGCAUAAUAGGGAGCUUUUUUGAGACCGAGCAUAAUAGGCAAAAUUUUCAGAAAGCAAGCAUAAUAGGCAAACGUUUUGGUAUUACGUCAUUUUGCCAACGUAAUUAGUACAAUUACAUAAUAAGCAUAUGCGCCAACCAUCUGCAGGCCAGCGGCUUGUUGAGACCUCUGUUAUGUUACAGUAUAACAAGCGUUAAUUAAGUUACUGUACCUACAUUUAUGUUAAAUUGAAUAAAGUUGUUUUUUCGUGAUCUUGAAUCUUGAUCGAAUAUGAGGUAGCAUAAUUAUCAGUAUAAUAGGGAAAAACUUUGAGCAUAAUAGGCAAAGUCAGGAGCACUAACUGCACUAAGCAUAAUAGGCAAUUGUGCAUAGUGUGUGUGCCCCUAGACUUUGAGCAGAGGUCCAACUAAGGAUUGAACCGAUACACAAACAAACAAACAUCGAUCUGUUUGUUUUUCUGUGUGCCAGUUUGUUUUCAGCAGGGAAUAAAAUUUAUUUGUGUGUAUUGGCAUUUCCAGAUUGUGUACUGUUUGCAACCAAGUGAUGUAUUGUUCUGUUAACUGUCAACAAGAUGCGUGGAAAUCAUAUCACCAACAUGAGUGUUCUUUGGCACCUUUGCUAGAAAUGGUGAGAGCCUAAGUAAUGGAGUUUAUGUUCUAGCAUGGGGCUAGAGGUAUGAAGAGUACUUCCAGUUUGACUCUACUGAACAGCAAAAUGUUUUUAUGGUUACUCCAGUUUCCUCAUGUGUAGUAACACUAGAGCCAGGCACGGAUUUUCUGGGGGUGGGGGGGUGCGGGGGUUGCGCACUCAAAAGUUUUUGCACCCCCACAAAUUAUAUAUAUUUUGAUUUGAUAGUUUCAUAUUUGAUUAUUCUUACUACUAAAUUUGUAAAAUUACCAAUAUUAUGGUCUCAGAUCUUGCCAUACAGGCCUAGAAAACAGAUUUUGUUAAACUUUUUCCUUGGCUUUUCCGGGCGUUGCCACCACGCCCCGGCCAAAGCAAGCACCAGCACCCCCCUCCCAGAUAUUUAUCUUCCCCUCCAAACGAAAAUAUGAAAAUCCAUCUCUGACUAGAGCAAAAAACUGGACCGCUAUGGAUAAGUUUAGAGUUGAUACAUUUGCCCAGUAUAAAUAAUGUUUAGUUUGCUUUCCUCCUGUAGUAAUGUUGGAGCAAUAAGGGAUGACUCUUACUGGACUACUGAGUUUAGAAGUGAUAGAGCUAGCCAUUGUAAAUAUAUUUACAGUAGGUUCACUAGGAUGUACAGAUUACAGUAUUAUGGAACAGUUUCAAACUUUUCAUUAUUUAGCUAGAACUAUCAUCCCACUUGGCAUUAAGAUUGCUUCUGGUUACUGGACCACAGAAAUUACUUGGUAUGGGCACUAUUUUUGUCUAACCUUUGGCAUAUUUUCAAAUAAGCUGCUGUUUCUAAUAAUCUUCUCUAAUACGCUGCCUCUCUAAUAAGUUCUCUAAUAAACCCUGUCUCCAAUAUACCCCCUCUCUAAUAAAUCCCCUCUCUAAUAAACCCUAUCUCUAAUAAACCCCCUCUCUAAUAAGCUGCCCUCUCUAAUAAGCUGCCCUCUCUAAUAAAUCCCCUAUCCAAUAAACCCACUCUCUAAUAAGUCCUCUCUCUAAUAAACCCACUCUCUAAUAAACCCAUUGUAAUAGACCCCCUCUCUAAUAAGCGCUUCCCUCUCUAAUAAAUCCCAGUCUCUAAUAAACUGCCCUCUCUAAUAAACCCCCCUCUCUAAUAUAUCCCCCUCUCUAAUAAACCCCCUCUCUAAUAACCCCCUCUCUAAUAAACCCCACUCUCUAAUAAAUUGCCCUUUCUAAUAAAUCCCCCUCUCUAAUAAACACUCUCUCUAAAAGUCUCCCCUCUAAUAAAUCCCCUCUCUAAUAAGCUGCCCUCUCUAAUAAACCCCCUCUCCAAUAAACCCACUCUCUAAUAAGUCCUCUCUCUAAUAAACGCACUUUCUAAUAAACCCCCAUUCUAAUAGACCCCCUCUCUAAUAAGCUGCCCUCUCUAAUAAAUCCCACUCUCUAAUAAACUGCCCUCUCUAAUAAACCCCCCUCUCUAACAUACCCCCCUCUCUAAUAAACCCCCUCUCUAAUAAACCUCCUCUCUAAUAAACCCCACUCUCUAAUAAACUGCCCUCUCUAAUAAAUCCCCUCUUUAAUAAACACUCUCUCUAAUAAGUCCCUCCUCUAAUAAGCUCCCUCUAAUAAGUUCCCCCUCUAAUAAGCUCCCUCUCUUAUAGUCUCCGCUCUCUAAAACGGUUCUCUCUUUAAUAGACUGCCUCUGAAAUAAGUCCGUCUCUAAUAAGCCCUGCUCUCUUAUAAACCGUUUGUCUAAUAAUCCCUCUCUCUACCAAGCCCUUCUUUUUAAGCCCCCCCCCCCUCUCCCCCUCUUCAAACGUGCCAUUAGAGGAUUCACAUUUGACAAUCAUAUUUGUUGCAGAUUUCCUUCAGAAUGAACCUAAGAAUACUUCUGACGUUUUGUGUUCAGAAAAGAUUCCUGGAUGUACUUCAGAAGGUCUAUAUUCAGGUAGGUAGAUGAGUAGGGUAAUUGUGAUUUAUACAGUAUAUUGUGCAUGGUGGGGGACAUUUAUUUCAAACUGUAUAUGUACCAUUAGUUGCUGCGCUGAAAGUGCGACCUUUGUCAUUAUUUUAGGUGACUAUGCAUGUGUCCAUAGUCUUGUUACCAACACAGAACUUCAACCAACAGCCGAUUUGGUUUUCUUUGCAUUGGUAGGUUGUACUUUGAAUUCGGAAUAUAGAGACUGUCGAAGAAGCUGAAGAAAUCAUUGUAUUAUUGCGCAUUCAAAUGUCGCGUAUUUACAACUAGAGGGCACUUCGAGACCAAUGCAAGCAAAUUAUGUACUAUUUAAAACACGUGUAGGAGUGUUUUAUUAGGUUUAAAAUGCAAGUGCGCAGCACGAGCAUUUUAGAUAUGAUAAAACACGACCACAAGUAUUUUGAAUAACUUCAAACACGACUACAACAGAUGCUGUCUCAUUAGUAUUCUUUAUAUAAAGAAUACUAAUUGACCACUUGCGUAAUGGACUAACUUUUGAUCUCAACAAGUCUAGACAAAAAUAUCAUCACAGCUUGAAAGAGCAUCACAAAAUUAGUAAUAUUCCAAAGUUUCGUUGCGAAAUGUUGUAAAAUACGGAUAAUAUAGCCUUGCGAAGUUUGUCGUUUUUCGGUCAUUUUGCAUUACACGGGGGAAAUUGACAGCCCAAUACCCUUUGGGGCUGUCAAUUUUCCGUUUGUAAUAGAAAAUGACUGAAAUACGGCAAACUUCGCAAGGCUAUAUUAUCCGUAUUUUACAACAUUUCGCAACGAAACUUUGGAAUAUUACUAAUUUUGUGAUGCUCUUUCAAGCUGUGAUGAAAUUUUUGUCUAGACUUGUCUAGAUCAAAAGUUAGUCUAUUACGCAAGUGGUCAAUUAGGAUGGACUUUUAUAUAAACAAUACUAAUGAAGAUGAGUUUCAUCAGAUAUAAAGCCUCUUCACGUGACAUAUUAUGGUUGACAUGAUUUUCCAAUAAGCUUAUGAAUUAAUAAUGACUGUUUGGACUAAUUAUUAUGCCAGGUGCGAUAAUUAAAGAUUUUUGGUUGUACUUGACUCAACAAUGGUUGUUGCCGCGUACUUACUUAGUCUUUAAAAUAAGGUUCAUAAGGUACAGGUUUCUGAAAAGUAUGUUCAGACUACGAGGUAGAAAAGGAAGCACAAUUACAUAAUAUACAAACAAUCGACUCCAACGUUUCUUAGUGCCAUCAGUGCAAUCAUGUUUCAUGCCAAAAAAUCUCAGACACAUGAUAUACCAACUAAAUUACGGUAUUGAAUACCUUGGAUUUGGAAAGGUCAUGUGGUACCAGCAAAAAAUAAGUACACAGAUAGCAAGAGUUCCGCGUACCUACGUGGUACGUGGCUGAAACCAAGAAGUACCAGACAGUAAUAUUGGCGUACCUCCGGAACGUAAGUACGCGAAUUAUAGCACCCUGAUUAUACAUUCCGUUCACUCUGCCCGGCAAAGCAUUAGACAAACUUUCGCUAAUUUCUUGUUCAAUUUUCGUCCAAGUUUAAGCAAAAUUUAAAGGGGAAGUCAAGUCCGUAAUGUAAACAAACGGUUUGUUUACAUUUUGAACUGCUGUAUUUUUUAAAAAUAUGAUGUACUGUCUGAAUAUCUAACACCAUUUUGGUUCGCUAUGCUUCUAAAUGAAUAUGAAAUAGAGUUUAUGUUUAGAAAAAUUCGAAACAUUCGAAAUUUGGGCAAUGUUUUCAUCAGAGGGUCCUUACAUUGUUAUGAGCAGAACCGAUGCGCAGAACGGACUUGACUUCCACUUUAAUCAUUUUGUCCUUGGGCAAUGUCCUAAUGUUCCACAAAUUUUCUUAUUAUUAAAAUUUCAUUUUGUUUUCACAGGAUGCAGCUUUAAUAACUGAAAUUGCAUUUGGUCACGUAUACGGAGAACAAAGUCAGACAGAAUCGGCAAAUGAAACUACCAACGGUUCAAACGUUGCAAUUACUGAAGAAAUCAUGGGCUGUGUAUUGUUACAUCACAUGCAACAAAUGCCGUGUAACAUCCACGCCGUCACUGCUAUCGUGUCUGUCAACGAACAGGCUGGUGUUUCAUCUAAGGAACAACGAAGGAUAGCAGCUGCUAUAUAUCCCACAGCAUCCCUGAUGAACCAUGCUUGUGACCCUGAUGUCAUUGUGAGGUGUGGUACCUAGUUGUUUUGUUGGCAAAAAAGGGCCUGGAACUAGAAAGAGAAUAAUAGCUGUAUUUUUUCUGUAUUUAACCCAAUGAGUCGAGUGGUAGCACCCUCCCCUUGACCAGUGAGAUCGUCUGGCGUUAGACAGAGUAAAGGGUCAACAGGAUGGGCAGAUUGUCUGAUUAAUGACCAGUUUCUUUCUCUGAACUUCAUAUAACUUAUUUAGGUUGUGUAAAAAGUGGAACUAAAACUAAGCUAGACUAACAUCAUUAAUCAUAAAAUCAAAUUGUAAUUUGGGUUAUUUACAGUUUUAUAGGACGCACCCUUGUGGUACGUGCGACUCACAAUAUUCAACCUGGCGAAGAAAUAGCACAUUGUUAUGGUGAGUAUAGACUAAUCUGUGGACAUUCCUACUUGCAUAUACCCACGUAAAAAUCUCUCAUCUUGUAGCAAGUCUGCCAACAAGCCGUCAACAAGUUGUGUUCGCACUGCUUGUCCCAAGUUGUUAACAAGUUUGGAACCGAGCUGUUAACAACUUGUAACAACCUUGCUGAUAUUAUCAGACUUGUUGCAAGGUUGUUCCAACAAAUCCGAUGUAGUCAUGAUAUAACAAUAUUGUUACAACCUUGUAUCAUCAACCUUGUAUAUCGGACUUGAUGGAUCAACCUUGCAACAAGUCUGAUGACAUCAGCAAGGUUGUUACAAGUUGUUAACAGCUUGCUUCAAGCUUAUUACAACAACUGGGAACAAGCAGUGCGAACUCAACUUGUCGACAGCUUGUGAACAGAUUUGUAACAACUUGCUUGCAGACCUGUAACAACUUGUGCGCUUUUACGCAUGUACAGUUCGUACGAAAAUCAGAGGUUUUACAAUUGUUUAAUUGGAUUAUUUGUAGGUCCAAGUGCAAGCAGAAUGUCGCGAGAAGUCCGACAAAGUCUUCUUCAAAAACAGUAUUUCUUCACUUGCAACUGUUCUGCCUGUAAGAG